AUGCCACCCAAAAAGGGAACAGCAAAGCCACCCACUGCGGCAGAGAUAGCAGCAGCAGAAGCAACAGCAGCGGUAGUUCCCUGUAUCGCCGGAAAGAAGGGCGACACUUGGAACAAGUUUGAGGAUCGCAUCGAAGCGAUCACAAAGCAGACCAUUGCUGCGGGACUCGACAACGCGGUCCCUCCGCUCACCAAGGAGGAGCUUGACGCCAUUCUACCCGAGACUCUCCCAGACUCUGCAUUCACCAGUGACUGGACCAGAGAUGAGGAGGCAGCCUUGCAGCAAGCUAUGCCGAAGAACUUCAAGGUUCUCGUGCGACUCUUCAACGCGUCGCCGUUUGAAAUCAUAUCGCCAAAGUACCGCCUUGAGUGGGAAACGAAUGCAAAAGACGCAGUCGGACCUCACUGGUCGGUCAAAUUCACUUCGAGAAUCGCCACCAUCGCGAUCCAUCCCCUCUGGCAGAGGGACGUCAAGCUCCUCACUUUGGCCCUCCAAUACGCCGUCAUUCUGCGCACUCAGGACACUCUCCCCUGGCUGUUCAGUAGACCUGACGACACCCUAUUCUUCAAAACCUUUGAAAAAGUCAUUGGAGAGAUGAGAGACACGCCAAUUGCGGAGGUCCACGAAGAAGUCAGAAGUCGGCUCAAAAGGGAUCGUCAAGUGAUCCCAAUCUUUUCCGAGUUCCUCCUCAGUCUCGAGACUAUACAAGAGUCUAGCCCGAACACGACCAUCCAAGAUCGGUCAAAGAGGGUGUAUCCCGUGGGAGUUGUCGACGCCAAGGCCGUCAUCGAUGCCCUUGAUGCGACAGACGAUUUGGGGUUACGCGGCCUUCCUUCCAUUGAAGUCUACACUUCAGCCGAAUUCCGACCCGAAGUCGAAGCGCAGCCCGCACUUGAAGUCACAGAAAACGAGCAGAUCAAUCAAGAUCAAGAGAACGCAGGACUCGAGGCAAAGGUUCAACAGCUCGAAGAAGAAAACCGACAACUUCGGCGACAACAGAAGAAGAAUGAGCACAAACUUCGGAAAUAUAAACGGCAGAAAAAACGCCAGCUGAAGGAGAAUGGACGCUUGAAAGACAAACUACAGCUUCAGAAACAACACAGUCAGCCUCAGAUCAUCAAGCAAGAGGCUGCGCUUCCGGAAGCUGAGUCUACCACGGCAGUGGAUGAGAGUGUCAAGAACCUCUUCAAGGAUGCCAUCAAGGAUGUGGACGAGGCCAACGAGAGAAGACAUCAAGAGAUCAUGAAGUCAAUCUCUGAACUACGGCAAACUCAUGCCGAGCCGUCACGGAAGAGAGCGCGUUCCAAUUCUCAGGGCGCCUUCCACACAUCCGAUCACGACGCUCCACGUCAUGAUCUCCACCAGUGA